AUGUCGGACGAAGAAUCAUUGCAUCGUAUCAGCGAUGACGAAUCCAAAAAUGACGUCGAUGACUUAUUCGGAGACUCCGAGGUGGAAGACCAGCCAAAUGAGCAGAACAGACAGCUGGAACCUGCAGAGGAAGAAGAGCAAGACGAGGACGAAGAAGAGGACGAGGACGAGUUGAAGACCAUCGACUUAUCGCUUCCUCGUCAUGCUAUCAACCAGAAGCCGGAACAAGACACAUACAUGCUCAAGAUGCCUGUGUUUCUCAAUGUGGAAGCACAUCCAUUUGACCCCAACGAGUUCAGAGACAAGGUCAAGCAGAAUGCCAUCGAGAGAGCCAAAACAGAUAUGACAGAUAAGCAAGUGAAGAGCGAGUUGGUGGCAGAGAAGUUGUUGAACGAAAACACCAUCAGAUGGAGAUACUCCAACAGUGGUAACGACGAGAUCAUCAAGCAGUCCAACGCACAUUUCGUCCUGUGGAGCGAUGGGUCAGUAUCGCUCAAGAUCGGAAGCGAGAUGUUUGAUUUCAAGCAAUUGCCCAUAAAUGACACCUUUUUUGUCAAAACCCACGACAGCUACGAGAUCUUACAGAAUGAUGCUAUCAUCAACAAGUCCGUCAACUUGAUACCUACCUCCACACACACUUCCACGCAUAGAAAGUUGACACAAGCAGUCAAGAACAUCCAAAAGAAGGACAAGAUCUUGAACACCAUCACCAACGACGAUCCUUUGUUGAAACAGAGAUUGGCCGAUGAAAACGAAAGAAAGACUCUCAAGUUGAGGAGACAGCUUGAGUCCAAGAGAAGACUCCAAGAGGAGAGAAUGGAUAGAGGAGCCAGUCCCGCCGGCAGAUACGGUGGCCGUGAGGAAAGAGAACCUGCGUACGAGAGAUUCGCCAGAACCUACGGAGGUGAUGAGUACGACGAGGAAGAUGAUUUCGUAGCCAACGAUGACGAGGAGGAAGAAGAGUUCGAUGAGGACGAGGAUGAAGAGGAGGAAUUUGAAAGAGGUGCCGAAAGAUUGAAGCAGUUGAAGCUGGACGGAGAUGCCAAGUACAGAUCGCAGGAACCCGAGGAGAGUAAGAGAAAGAGAAGAAGAAUCAUUGAUUCGGACGACGAUGAGUAG